AGAAUCUAACCGCAGGCCGCGCAAUGCACUCCUACAUACGGCCGGAUACGCACAUCGCCCUCCGACUGGCCUCCGGCCUGCUCAGGAUCAUCGAGAUUGCCCCCAAUACGUACGUGGACUGAUUGCACAAUAUCAACCUCGCCAAAGUCGGGACCUUCAAUGCGAACCAGAUACUCGGCCGGCCGUACUACCUCACCUUUGAGCUCAUCGAGAAGGAAGACGGGAAGGGAAGGCCCGAAUUGCGCGUUGUGCCUGCCGCCGAGCUACACGCAGAAGUUCUGGGCAGCGACCAUGCGACACCCGCCGAAACCAGAGAGGAAGAUGCCCCGGUGGAGGGCGGGGGCGAAUUCGAUAUCGUGGGAGAGGACGGGGAGGUGAUAAUGCGCAACAACCGUCUGACGGUCGAUGAUCCGACGCGGCAGACACUCUCCAUGGAAGAGAUCGAGGAGCUGAAGAAGGCGGGCGCGGGGUCGGGCAAGGAAAUAAUAGCAAAGAUCAUGGCGUCGCACAUGGCCAUCGAGGAGAAGACGUCCUUCUCUCUCGCCAAGUAUACCCUCCGCAAGUCGAAAAAGUACCUGAAGAGGUUCACUGUAUUACCGCUAGACGUCGGUCUACUCGCCGAAUACAUAACCGAGAGGGAGUCAUACAAAAUCAUGGAGCUCCGAGAAGAGUUGCUAGGACUUAUAUGCAGCUGGGCGAAUAUUCAUUGCGGUGGGCCGAGUAGGGUCUGGACAGCGGAUGACGGAGUCAGCCAGAUAGGAGGUGGAAGGUGGUUAGUGGUGGACGACACCGGUGGACUCGUGACUGCGGCGCUAGCGGAGAAGAUGGCCAUUCUAUAUCCUCCAGAAGAGGAGGACGAGACAUCCACAGAAGAAAUGGAAGGCAUUGCAUCUGCUGCUCCCGAAGAAACAGCAAAGACGCUGAGCCAGGCAGAAAAUGGCACGGGAGAAGCAAGCGAAGUCCCAGAACAAGAUGACUCGGACAUCAUCAUGACGGGUACAGACGACGUACCAAAUCCGCCACAGAACGGAUCAGCACCCAAACAGGAAUCCGAGUUCGUGGAACCCACGGCCGCACCAGAAGACCCAUCAAACCGCCCACGAAAAGCACCACGGCCACACAUCCCGCAGAUGUCCGCCAGCACAAACACCCUCACUGUCCUGCACCCCAACAACCAACCCAACCUCUCCUACCUAAAAUACUUCGGCUUCGACACCGGCAACCCGACCCCCUCGCACCCGCUCUACCAGCACCUCAAGUCCGUCUCCUGGCUGCAGCUGCUCCAUCCCACCGAAGACCCCUCGUACCUCGAGCCCGAAGUCCUCUCCGAAGAAGUGCUCGCGGGCAUGAAAAGCAGCAAGCGAGGUAACUAUUACAAGAAACGCAGGCGGUGGGAGAAGACAACGAGGGUGGUGGACGAGACGCGGAGAGGCGGCUUUGACGGACUGGUCGUGGCGAGCGUCAUGGAGUCGAGGAGUAUUUUGAAGGAGCUGGUGCCGCUGGUCAGGGGCGGGGGGAGAGUAGUGGUGUAUAGCCCGAACGUCGAGCCGCUGGUUGAGCUGUGCGAUUUGUAUAGCAAGGAGCGGAGGGCGGCGUAUAUAGCGCGCGAGUUUGGGCCCCUGCAGAACGGGAGUAAAGUUAAGAAGGAAAUUAAGGAGGAAGAUGACGAGGAGGUCAACGGGACGGAGGACGGCGACGAGGAAGAUGACUUCCCGGUCAACCCGACCCUGCUGCUGGCGCCGUCACUGCAGACUGCGAGGGCGAGGCAUUGGCAGGUGCUGCCUGGGAGGACACAUCCUUUCAUGACGAGCCGCGGUGGUGCGGAAGGCUACUUGUUCACCGCAACCAGGGUGCUGCCGGUAGAGGGGCGGGUCGAAGCUAGGGGCCACGGACGGGGAAAGAAGAGGAAGACGGGCCCUGAAAGUGCGGUGCAAUCGUAAUCUAUCACGACAGCGGCAUGAUAAAACUCGAUAUCCAAGUCUAGCUGUCCAUAUCGGCUUAUUUUGACCCUUCCCAAAAGCCAUCCAGCUCGACCGUUGCGCUCUUGUCUCAUGAAGCCCCGCUUAGUACUUUUGAUAGCCCGCCCAUCUACAGCGCCUUGCCCAUGAAUUUCCUCUUCGUGAAGCUCAGCCACCACUUGCUCGGCGUGUUACUCCCAUCCGCAUAUACCCUGUUCAGCAGCCUCGUCGCCAGCUCCUGCCGCAUCUGCAUGAUAUACUGUCUCAGCAUCUCGGCCUGAUUCCUGUCCGCCGGCGCCUCAAAAGCCUGGUUCAGCGGGAAGCCCGCAUCGCCCGGGAUCGCGAAGUUCGUGUCCAGCGCGACGUUCAUGACAGCCUAGUCCGAGUCAGCACUUCAACAAUCCAUGCACCUCCAAAACCCGAAUGCCCAAGUAAUAAUCGGACGUUGUGAUACCUUCUCCGCAUCCCUCCUACUCAUCCCC